UUGGUGUGCUGGCAAUCUCAGCCCAUUGCGUGAUGGUGCUUUAUUUGUGGAGAUCUGGUGUAGACUAAAAUGGACUUGGACGGUAGCAAUCGUGGUCUUCUUUAGUGUGUGAGCACGAGGCCUUAAGAAUUAAUGACAGUCGGCGGCUUCUCUCUUCGAUUUGCAGUCGUUCUCUUAUUAGUUUGCUCUCUUUGUAUGACAUGCAACAAUGUUGUCGUCAAAGCGUCUCACCAAGUUUACCCAGAAUUUCAGUCUUUAUGCGCCGAUAAGGUACUGAAACAAGUUCACAGAACAGGGUUCCAUUUUCAGCCUCCUAAGAACUGGAUUAACGAUCCAAAUGGCCCCAUGUACUUCAACGGAAUCUACCAUCUAUUCUACCAAUACAAUCCGAAAGGAGCAGUGUGGGGCAACAUUGUUUGGGCCCAUUCAGUAUCAACGGACAUGAUCAACUGGGAAGAACUAGAUCCCGCCAUCUACCCCUCCAAGCCGUUUGAUAUAAACGGGUGUUGGUCUGGCUCUACCACAAUCCUCCCACACAACAAGCCCGUUAUUCUCUACACAGGAAUUGACACCCAAAAUCGCCAAGUCCAAAACUAUGCCAUCCCGGCAAACUACUCCGACCCAUAUCUCCGUGAAUGGGUAAAGCCCGACGACAACCCCUUUGCGGUUCCCGGGGAGGGGAUGAAUGCGAGCGCCUUCCGUGACCCAACAACCGCUUGGUGGGGCAAAGAUGGGCACUGGAGGACUGUAGUGGGCAGCAAAAGGAAGCAAAGAGGCAUGGCAUUCUUGUAUAGGAGUAGGGACUUUGUGCAUUGGGUUCGGGCUCACCACCCUCUACAUUCAUCAGCCAAUACGGGUAUGUGGGAAUGCCCAGAUUUUUUCCCUGUGUCGUUUCAUGGGAAAACAGGUCUGGACACUUCAGUGGUUGGGGAAAAUAUAAAGCACGUAAUGAAGGUGAGUCUUGACCUCACUAGGUAUGAGUACUACACUGUUGGAAAAUAUUAUCCCCAAAAAGACAGGUUUGUUCCUGAUAACACAUCGGUUGAUGGUUGGAGCGGGCUGAGAUAUGACUAUGGAAACUAUUAUGCCUCCAAGUCAUUCUUCGAUGCUGGGAAGCAACGAAGGAUUUUGAUGGGUUGGUCUAAUGAGUCUGACACAGCUCAAAAUGAUAAAGAUAAAGGAUGGGCUGGAAUUCAGACUAUUCCGAGGAUGGUGUGGCUUGACAGUAACAGGAAACAAUUGUUGCAGUGGCCUAUUGCUGAAUUGGAAACUCUUAGAGGGAAGAAAGUUCAGAUAAGCAAUCAACAAGUCAAAAAGGGAGAGCAUAUUGAAGUUAAAGGAAUAACUGCUGCCCAGGCGGAUGUUGAAGUUACCUUCUUGUUGCCGAAUUUGGACAACGCCGAGCAAUUUGAUCCUAGUUGGGUUAAUGCAGAAGAUCUUUGUGGCCUAAAGGGUUCGAAAGCUCAAGGUGGGGUUGGGCCUUUUGGGCUGUUGACACUAUCUUCCAAACAUCUAGAGGAAUACACUCCUGUCUUCUUUAGAGUAUUCAAAGCUCCAAACAAGCAUGUAGUUCUCAUGUGCUCUGAUGCAAGAAGUUCCUCUUUGGAGAAGAGUGGACUAUAUACACCAUCAUUUGCAGGCUUUGUAGACGUUGAUUUAGCAGAUGGGAAGCUCUCUCUUAGGAGUUUGAUCGAUCAUUCUAUUGUGGAAAGUUUUGGAGCCGGAGGAAAAACAUGUAUCACAUCCAGGGUCUAUCCUACACUUGCAGUCUUCCAUAACGCUCACUUGUACGCAUUUAACAACGGGACAGAAACUGUUACCAUAGAGAGUCUCAAUGCAUGGAGCAUGAAGAGUGCACAACUGAACUGAAAUGAUCAAGGAGAGGAGAUCGAUUAUGAAAUAAUGAAGAAUCAUUACUCGUUAAUAUUUGGUUAAUUAAUUUAGACAUGCCGAUGUUGUGGAUGUUGUUUACAUUUGUUUUGCCAAAAGGUUAGCAUGUAAUAACUGAGAAAUUAUUUUGCACUCUAUCUGCCAAUUUAAUUUAUCGACAAAGGUUUCACA